AUGAGUUCCUUUAUAGAAGAAUAUAGAAGAGAUGCAGGCUUUCGAAACGUUAUCCAAUUGGCAAUUGGAUUUGGAUUUAUUUAUUUUGGAUUGAGAACGACCCAGAGCUAUACUGUCCCUCUUUUAGGAAACCUGGGUUCUCUGUCUCUUUCCAUUGCAUAUUUUGGCUAUGCAUUCGCAAAUCUCUUUGUACCUUCCAUGGUAUCCGCCUUUAAGAACGAACGUUUGGCUAUGGCAUUUGCCUCUAUGGAAUACCCCAUUUAUACCUACUUCUUCGUUUACGUUAUUCCAUGGGUGUGCAUUAUCUGGUCGGUUGUGCACGGAUUUGCAGCUUCCGUAUUCUGGGCAUGUCAAGGUGUGUAUCUAUCUACGAAUUCCACCGAUGAAAAUCGGGGUCGUCGUGCAGGAAUAUUCUGGAGUAUCUACAUGAUGGGCGCUGUGUUUGGCAAUCUCUGCGUGUACAUCAUCACCAAGUUCAUGGACAUCCAAGCCGGUGGAGGUCCCGGCUGGAACGGCUCCACUUCCAUUCUCUUCAUCUUCCUUGGCACCGUGAGUAUCUGCGGCCCGUGGAUCCUUUUCCGCUUGAAACCCGCUCAAGAUCCCAUGGAACGAGCCACCGGACACACGAUUUUGCAAGACCUCACCAGCGUGAUGAAGCUCCUCUUCACUCCCAAAAUGCUCUGCUUGGUGCCUCUCUUCCUCUGCCUGGGCUUCCAAUCGAUUUUCGUGAACAGCAUGUACAAUCGGCAGAUCGUCAACAAGGGCGACAUCUCGCUGUACAUGAUCAUCUACACCAUCGUGGAGGUCACUGCAGGGUAUAUUCACGGUUGGUUCAUCGAUCGCAUCGGACUGUUCCCGAUGUUGAUCGUGUACUUGAUUAUCGGUGGAUGCUCGAUGGCACUGGCCUACCUAGCGAAUUCCACGCAGAAUCUUUUGUUCAUCCCGCUGUAUAUUCUGUUUUCGCUCACUGAUUCCGGAUUGCAGACAUUCGUAGGCUUGGAGGGAGGAACCAUUAAGUGUAGUGUCUGA